ACAUGACUGACAACACGUAGAAGCACAUUAAUAGUUAAGUUGUCGCUCUCUGUUACUGUAGCGUGUAGCCAUUUUGCGCAAGUUUAUUGGUCCUGGCAAUCAAGAUUGGUAAACAGAUUCGUGAUCGGGUGUAGUGAUCCAUGUCCGAAUACACAACAAAGAUAUGGCUCGUUGGAAAUUGUUUUGGUUCGUUUCGUUCAUUGUUUACCACCAUUACCAAGUGGGUUGUGAGAACCAAAGUGCACGGCUCUUAGAUGAAGAUCCCAUAGAUACAUCACGAGAAGUUUUAGGAUCAAAGUUUAUACGAGACGAUCUUUUGGUGUUAGUGUCAACAUUGGAAGGGAACCUAAUAGCCAUUAACAAACGAACUGGAAUUGUGAAGUGGAUGUUGGAAGAUGAACCUGUCAUCAAGCUCUCUAAAGAACUCUCGAAAACAUUUAAUCUGUUACCUGAUCCAAAAGAUGGCUCCCUUUAUAUGUUGGGAAAUAGUGGCACUGAAGCCUUAACAAAGUUACCAUUUACCAUUCCAGAACUUGUUUCAGCUAGUCCAUCUCAAAGUAGUGAUGGAAUGUUGUAUAUGGGGAAAAAGUUAGACACAUGGUUUGUGAUUGAUCCACUUACUGGAGAAAAACAGGAAGUUUUAAGUUUUCAGGGCUUAGAAGCUGCUUGUCCUCGCAAUAAACCCUUGGGGCCUUCCAUUUUUAUAGGAAGAACAGAGUAUUCUUUGAUUUUAUUAGACAGUAGGACUAGGGAAAGACACUGGAAUGUAACAUACUUUGAUUACACAUCAUCAACUCUUGGACAACAAGAUCCCCAGGAAUAUGAUUUGGCUCAUUUUACCACCAGCUCAACAGGAAAAAUUCUUACUCUAGACAGACACUCUGGGGACUUGCUUUGGCAAAACGACUUUAAUAGCCCAAUAGUAGGAAUGUAUAGCUUAAUUCAUGACAUUUCAAACCCGUAUGAUAGUAUUGGGCUCAUGCCGAUACCUUUUACCAGUCUCUCGACCGACACCUUAAAAAACCUUGCAUCGAAGCUCAGAGAAACGUCAGAACAGGAUCGAAGAAUUACCGGGGACACCAAACUUUUCCAGGCCUUAUAUAUUGGGCAAUAUAAACAUGGCUUGUAUGCCUUUCCAUCACUAGUAGACGACCGCACCACGUUUGUCGCUUCACAAACUGGACGACUUCUCCUAGAGGGACCAGAUCGGUCCACCGACGCGACCGAAACAUCAACCUCAUCUACAGUCAAGAGUCCUAUAAGUGUCAAUCUCCGAUUGCCAUCUGAAAUGAAAAUCGGUUGGGCAGAUCACGACAACACAUUCAACAACGCCAAACCACCCUUAACGCUUUUCGGACAUUACAAAGUUCCAGAAUCUGGACGUUUGAAUGCUGCACUGCAGAUAGCGGAAGAAGACCACGCGAAAGGUGAUCCAGAUCCUACUGAUGAGAAGCGCCUUGACGGAGAAACAGUUGACAAUAUGGCGUUCUCCAGUCUAUUUGGAUUUAGUGUUCUAUACGGACUUGCAGCAUUUGCUCCUAUCCUUGUCGUAUUUGCAUUUUCUCUUGGCGUGUUUAAAGGAAGCGUCUGGAAAUCCUUUGAAAAAGAAAAUCAACGAGACGCCUCAUUCAGCCCAAAACAGGAGAACAUUCAAUUUUCUACAGCAGUGGAACUGAAAAAUGGCUUUGUUCAGGUUGGAAAGAUGUUAUUCAACCCGGUCGAGAUCUUAGGAAAGGGCUGCGAUGGAACUUUCGUGUACAAAGGGCUCUACGACAGUCGUGAUGUAGCAGUCAAGCGAUUGUUACCUGAAUGUUUCAUGGUAGCGGAUCGUGAGGUUGCUCUUCUUCGUGAGUCAGACGCCCAUCCCAACGUUAUCCGUUAUUUUUGUACUGAACAAGAUAGGCAAUUCAAGUACAUAGCGCUGGAAUUGUGCGAAGCCACGUUGCAAGACUACGUAGAAGGACGCUAUGCUUCUAUACCAAUUGAUGGGGUUACUAUCCUCCGACAUGCGACGGCCGGAUUGGCACACUUGCAUUCUCUUGAUAUCGUUCAUAGAGACAUCAAGCCCCCAAACGUUCUGAUAUCUACCCCCAACGCCAAAGGAGAAAUCAGGGCCAUGAUUUCCGAUUUUGGUUUGUGCAAAAAACUGAAAAUCGGCAGAAUGUCUUUCUCAAGACGUUCUGGUGUGGCCGGCACGGAAGGAUGGAUCGCGCCAGAAAUGAUGCUAGAUGAAAAUGCUAAACGAACUACCUGUGCUGUCGACAUUUUCUCCUUGGGUUUAGUCUAUUUCUACGUUUUGUCCAAAGGUCAACAUCCUUUUGGCGACGUACUUCGAAGGCAAGCAAACAUCCUUGCUGGCGAGUAUGAUCUUAGUGUUCUGCUAUAUAACGUCUCCGCACAUACCCUUAUUGAAAAAAUGCUGAGCAUUGACCCGUUAGAGCGCCCUCCGGCUCGCGCAAUUUUAAAGCACCCGAUCUUCUGGGCAAAAGAGAAAGUUUUGGCAUUUUUCCAAGAUGUUUCAGAUAGGGUAGAGAAAGACUCAACCGAGAGUGCCGUUCUGCAAAGUUUAGAACGAGCAGCCCAUGACGUAGUACGCGGUAGCUGGAGAACCCAUUUAGAAGAUGUUGUCAUGGAAGAUCUGCGGAGGCAUCGUACCUAUCAAGGGAGGUCAGUCAGAGACCUGUUGCGAGCUUUGCGAAAUAAGAAAAACCAUUACCGCGAAGUAUCCGAAGAAGUCCGAAGAGUUAUGGGUCGAAAUCCAGAAGAAUAUUGUGACUAUUGGACCAGUCGUUUUCCAAAACUCCUGAUGCAUUCUUGGUACGCAAUGCACUGCGUGAAAAACGAACAUAUUUUCUCCCGCUAUUACGACAAACAGUAUGAUUUCAUUCAGAAAUACAUCGUCUGGCCAACUCCAAAACCGAAAACCGACUUCCACCGGGCAUUGGAGACCGCUUUCCCCGUAUACGAUCCAUUGUUUCCUAAAGCGAAAUUGCUAUCUGAGCCAGCCGUCGCUACAAAAGUGGAUGACGAUGACAAUGUCCCUGAAAGCUGGGAUAUGGAGAUAGAGGAGCCAGGAAACGCAGGCACUCCAUGCAAAGAAACAGAAAGUGCUGACAAGGCUGAUACCGAGGAAGUUAAAGAAGCUCAAUUAGCGCAUGCUAACCAAGAGACGCACAUGUCUACGAAUUUGAUAGCAACCGACGAGGUUCCUUUACAUGAAAAGGAUACCGAUGAUAAUAUUGUGUUAAGUCCUGGUGGACAAUGGGGCUUGUUAAACGAUCGCACAAGUAACGUUUUGCGGGCUCAAGGUAGAGAGGCCGCAGACUUUGCCCCUCGAGUCGCUGCAUGGAGCUUACCUACACGUAGCCAGCAAUGGGAGUUUAGUGAAAUUACUCAUCACGGCAGGAAAAAGCAAAAGUCACUACAACGGAAGAAGAAAAAGAAAGUAGGUGAAUAAACCAUUUGACCAAUAAAAUUUAUUACUUCGCGAAGUUAUGAUGGACGUUUCAACGUUCUAUUGUGCAGCCUUAUCUUUUAUUUGAUUUUCAUUUGGGAGAUUAUUUUGUUAUGGAGCUAUGGGGUAAAAUGUUGGGGAAUGUCGCUUUCAUCACUGUCUCUCUUACAAUCGUUAUGGUUAAUUCUCAAAAAGUGCUGAAUAGAGCGAUGCCAAACCUUUUUUAAAUAAUAAAUGAUUACGUUCUUAUCAAUCAA